AUGACGGUUGCGCAUUUUGUACCUGCUCCACCAGUUGUGCCAGUUGCGCAUUUUGUACCUGCUCCACCAGUUGUGCCAGUUGCACAUUUUGUACCUGCUCCACCAGUUGUGCCAGUUGCGCAUUUUGUACCUGCUCCACCAGUUGUGCCAGUUGCUCAUUUUGUACCUGCUGCACCAGUUGUGUCACUUGCACAUUUUGUACCUGCUGCACCAGUUGUGCCAGUUGAGCAUUUUGUACCUGCUGCACCAGUUGUGCCAGUUGAGCAUUUUGUACCUGCUGCACCUGUUACGCCAGUUGUACAUGCUGCACCUGUUACGCCAGUUGUGCAUGCUGCACCUGCUACACCUGUUGCACCUGCUGCACCAGUUGUGCCUGCUGCACCAGUUGGGCCAGUUGCGCCAGCUGUGCCCAUUGCGCCAGUUGUGCCAGUUGCACCAGCUGUGCCAGUUGCACCAGUUGUGCCAGAAGUAAAACAGAAGAUCCCAGUGUCAGAGGUGAAGGGGAAAAAGGAAGUGCCACUACAUGUGCCUGAGUUAAAGGAAACCAAGGCGUUGUUAUUCGCACCAGCGAUAAAAGUAAAGAAGGUUGGAUCGGAGAUCAAAGAGAAGGCGCAUGUGACAGACAUAAAAGAGAAGAAGAUUAUUGUGACAGACGUAAAAGAGAAAAAGCCUGUAGUCGUAGAGAAAACAGACGAUGGGACGAAUGAAGUUGCUCGGACUAUAGUAGAAGGCGUACUGACUGCUGCUGUUCAGUUUGUGGAAGAAGCCAGAAACCCCAUCAAGAACAUCAAGUGGCUCACUCACGGGGAAUUCACACCAGAAAAAGGUCGAAAACAAAUUGAAAAUUUCGUUUCAACAUGGGAGUUUCAAAACCGCUGGGUGUAUUAUGCUGAUUUUAUAGAGAAAAAAGACUUAAUUCACUCCUUCCACUAUAUCUACCGGGUGCGAUGGAGUGCCCCUACGGCUGUGAGACCCAUGGCACGAGUCAGUGCCAAUGCCUUAUUCACCAUCAAGUUCAACAAGAGCAAACCUGCCGAUAUGCCUGUUGAUGUCUCUUACAUCUUUGAGAAUUCAGCACUGCUUCAAAGACCAGGAAAGAUUCGAUUUCGAGAACAAUGGCUGCGGGAUAUUACUGAGACCAAGCAUAUUUUGUUGGAGUCCAUACCCUUUAAAGUUGUUUGA